AUGGAAGCAUCUCGAAUCCCUCAGUCAGCCAUCAGCGCCUUGCUCCUCCGAGCGGCAACAGUCUCUUCACCUGUGCUCUGUCCCUCGCGGUCGUCCCAGUUUGCGCGAGUCAUCAUGGCCUCGUCCACGCCCAACCCGCUCCUUACGCCGUUCACUCUCCCGGACGGCACGGAGCUCUCAAUGCGCAUCGUUUACGCGCCGCUGACGCGCGAUCGCGCCCUCGGGACCAUCCCGCAGCCGAACGCCGCGAUCUACUACUCGCAGCGCGCGCACAAGGGCGGGCUCAUGCUCACCGAAGGCACGUGCAUCUCGCCCGAGGCGCACGGGUACCCCGACACCCCGGGGAUCUACACGGAGGCGCAGAUCGCGGCGUGGAAGCCGGUGAUCAAGGCGGUGCACGACAAGGGCGCGCGCUUCUUCUGCCAGCUGUGGCACGUCGGCCGCGCGUCGCACCAAGAAUACCAGCCUGAUGGCGCCGCGCCGAUGGCCCCGUCUGCCAUUCCUAUCGUUAGCGACGAGAUCAAGGUGUACAUCAGCACUGGCCCCGCCGACUACCCCACGCCGCGGGCCAUGACCGUCGAAGAGAUCAACAAGGUGACGGAGCAGUUCCGCGUAGCGGCGCGCAACGCGAUUGACGCGGGGUUCGACGGCGUGGAGGUGCACGGCGCCAACGGGUACCUGCUGGAGCAGUUCAUCAAGGACGGCAUCAACAAGCGUGAGGACGAGUUUGGCGGCUCCCUUGAGAACAGGCUUCGCUUCCCCCUGCAGGUGAUCAAGGCAGUGGCGGACGAGGUGGGCGCCAGCAAGGUGGGCGUGCGCCUGUCGCCGUACAGCUCCUUCCUGGAUGCUUCCGACUCGGACCCCGUGGGCACGUACCUGGGGUUGAUAGAGGCCAUCAACGGCCUGGGCCUGGCGUACGUGCAUUUCAUUGAGGCACGCGCACAGGGGAACGCAGACCUGGAAGAUGUGAAGGAGACGCUUGAGCCAUUCCGCAAGGCGUUCAAGGGGCCCUUCAUUGCUGCAGGCGGCUACAAGCGGGAGAACGGUAUGGCAGCGAUAGAGAGCGGGGCGGCGGAUCUGAUCACGUACGGCCGGCUCUUCCUGGCCAACCCCGACCUGCCGAGGCGCUUUGAGCUCAACGCGCCGCUCAACCCGUACGACCGAAGCACCUUCUUUAUUGGGGAUCAAGUCAAGGGGUCGCACCGCCCGUCGAAGGCACCAACAGCCACUCUGACCGUUAUUAGCUUCGCAACAGACCUGUCGAAGGAUUCGCAGACCAGCCUGGAGCAGGCCGGGUGCGUGAGUCUGGACACGUACGGUCCUGCUUCGUCCGACGAGGAAUACGACGACGAGGAUGAAGACGAGGACGACGAGCAUCGCAGCGCGGACUCGGCGCGCAGCGCUGCUGCUUUGACACCCACUGGGCUCGUCGGAUUUGGAAGCUUUUUACGAAACAACCCGCGGACGGAUAAAUUUAAGGUGGACCGGUUUCACCAUAUCGAGUUCUGGUGCGGAGAUGCUACUAACACGUACGGACGGUUCUCGUGGGGGCUGGGGCUGCCGCUCGUGGCGAAAUCGGACCAGACGACGGGUAACCACACGUUCUGCAGUUACGUGCUGAAAGCGGAGGACCUGGCGUUGGUGUUCACGGCGCCUUAUUCCGAAGCAGCAGCUAUAUCGCGUACAGAACCCCUGGGUGGAGUAACUGGGGAGGCUGGACACCCUAGAAAUUCCCGAGUUCCGUUUCCAGGAUUUUCUCGACGGGCUGCCCGUGAAUUUUCCGCUCUGCAUGGAUUGGGAGUCCGGGCAAUCGGAGUUCGAGUGGAGGACGUGGAAGCGGCUUACCAAACGAGUGUAGAUAACGGAGCUAUUUCCAUCUGCCCUCCCGUUACUGUCACGGACAUCAAACCAAACGGCCAAGGUGGGAGUGUGACUAUAGCGGAGGUGACUCUAUACGGCGACACGGUGCUGCGAUUUGUGAACCCGAAAUCCUUUUCAGGCCCGUUCCUCCCAGCCUUUGAGGCGGCGUCGAACCAAGUGAUGAGCUACGGCCUUUUCAGGAUCGACCAUGUGGUUGGGAAUGUGCCGAGCCUGGCGGAUGUGGUUCGGUACAUCAAGGGAUUCGCAGGCUUUCACGAAUUCACAGAUUCGUGUGCUUCAGGGGAUGCAGGAGGGGAAGCAGGAAGGGGAAUGGGAACAGGGAGAGGAGUGGGAGGAGGAGCAAUAGGCAUCGGUGCUGCUGCUGGUGCACCCACUGGGGGUGUUGCUGCUGUCGGUUCUGCCACUCCUAAGAAGAAAUCCGGCUGUGCUGACGUGGACCCCACUGGCCUCGGCGUGAACAGUACUGUACUCGCUAAUGACUGGGAGACAGUCAUCCUCCCUAUAAUGGAACCCUCGCCCGGCCUCCCUUACAAAACCCAGGUCGAAACCUUCCUGGAGCACUAUAACGGGGCAGGAGUGCAGCACAUAGCCCUAAUGUGCACGGACAUAGUGAAAGCCGUGAAGGAGAUGAAGGCAAGGAGCGAAAUGGGCGGGUUUGCGUUCCUGCCGAGGCCAUCGGCUAAGUACUAUCGUGAGCUGGCGGGACGGGUGGGGAGUCUGAUGAGUGAGGAGGAGAUGGGCGAGUAUGAGGAGUUGGGCAUUCUCGUUGAUGUGGACGCUGGGGGCGUGCUGCUACAGAUCUUCACUGCGCCUAUUGGCGACAGGCCGUCGGCUAAGUACUAUCGGGAGCUGGCAGGGCGGGUGGGGAGUCUGAUGAGUGAGGAGGAGAUGGAAGAGUAUGAGGAGUUGGGCAUUCUCGUGGAUGUGGACGCUGGGGGCGUGCUGCUGCAGAUUUUCACUGCGCCUAUUGGUGACAGCACAGGCGUGUGCGUAUGGUUGAGUGCGCUCGUGGUCAUUUUUGAGGUGCCUCGGGAGGAGAUGGGCGAGUAUGAGGAGUUGGGCAUUCUUGUGGAUGUAGAUGUGGGCGCUGGGGGCGUGCUGCUGCAGAUCUUCACUGCGCCCAUUGGGGACAGGUGA